CCUGUCAUCUCUUCUUCCCUUCCCUCCUCUUCCUCCGUCCUCUCGUCUCACCCUUCCUCAGUAGUCGAUUCACCCCAAGAGUACUGUGUGUACCCUUUCGUCCUACCCUUCCAAACAUAAACUCUCCCCGUUUCACACCUCUUCCUCAUACAAUGGCCUCCGCUGCUCGUUCGGCCUCUCGGGCCUUCCUUCGCUCGACCCCUGCUACCUCGGCUUUCAGACCCGCUGCUCGCAGCGCUCGUUAUGCCCUUCCCUCCCAGGGCUUCCGCACCGCUUCUCGCCGCGGCUACGCCUCCGAGGCUGGCUCCAGCAAGUCCUCUAACGGCCUCCUGUGGGCUGGUGUUGCUGCUGCUGGUGCCGCUGGUGCUUUCUUCUUCUUCCAGAGCGGCGAUUCUUCCGUGAGCUCCAAGGCCUUCGUCCCCACCCAGGAGGACUACCAGAAGGUGUACGAUGCGAUUGCCAAGAAGCUGGUGGACGAGACCGACUAUGAUGAUGGCAGCUACGGCCCCGUCCUUGUCCGCCUGGCCUGGCACGCAAGUGGCACCUACGACAAGGAGACCGGCACCGGCGGUAGCAACGGUGCUACCAUGCGGUUCGCUCCUGAGUCCGAUCACGGUGCUAACGCCGGUCUGAAGCACGCCAGAGACUUCCUCGAGCCCAUCAAGCAGCAGUUCCCCUGGAUCACCUACUCUGACCUGUGGACCCUGGCCGGUUCUGCCGCCAUCCAGGAGUGCGGUGGCCCUGCCAUCCCCUGGAGACCCGGCCGUCAGGACAGGGACGUCGCCGCCUGCACUCCCGACGGCCGUCUCCCCGACGCCUCCAAGGACCAGAAACACGUCCGUGACAUCUUUUACCGCAUGGGCUUCAACGAUCAGGAGAUCGUGGCUCUGAUCGGUGCCCACGCCCUGGGUCGCGCCCACACCGACCGCUCCGGCUUCGAUGGUCCCUGGGACUUCAGCCCCACUGUCUUCACCAACGACUUCUUCAAACUCCUGCUCGACGAGAAGUGGCAGCAGAAGAAGUGGAACGGCCCCGUCCAGUUCACCGACAAGACCACCAAGACUCUGAUGAUGCUCCCCACCGACUUGGCCAUGAUCAAGGACAAGGAGUUCCGCAAGCACGUCGAGCGUUACGCCAAGGACAACGAUGUCUUCUUCAAGGAGUUCACCGACGUGUACGUCAAGCUCCUCGAGCUGGGUGUCCCUUUCAUCAGCAAGGCCGAGGACCGCUACGUCUUCAAGACCUUCGAGGCAUAGACCAUGUGCAGAAUGUGUGAAUAGUGUUUGGGUUUCUUUUGGCAUAAUCUGUUCGCGGGGCAUUGCGUUUCUUGACUCGUUUCGACAUUUUGAUAUCCGAUAUAUGCGUAAACGGUCCGCAGUUUGACGGCCGGGGCCCUUCUGUGCGGCUUUGUUCUUGGCCUGUCUGCCAUCAAAGGCAUUGUACAGGCGAGUCUUGUGGGUUAGAAGUAGAAGAUAGCUAGAGCAUCAAUACUAGACUUAUCCACUAGAU